CAAAGUAUUAUAACAAUAUAUAUGCAUGCGAUAGUCCGGUCCGAACAAUAAUCCCAACAAUUGAAAAUAGAUACAAAAAACAUCCUCGUUUUGUUUACUGUCUUUUAUACGGGCCACGAUCGAAACGAUAAGCUCGAUCCAACCCGUUUACGUGGAAAACGAUGUGAAAGAGUAACUCCGGUCUCAUUUUUUCUCUCUCUCUCUUUCAUUCUUUCUCUCACUCCGCGCUUUGCUGCAUGAAAUUUGUUACGGUGCAUAAGGUGUGUUGGUGUGACACGUGUACGACAAUGACGACGACGAGGACGACGAUCGAGCCGACAUGGAAUUCGAUUCUUGACUAGAGGAUGCUGCACGCUCGCCUCAUAUAGUUGUGUGCGUGCUCGUAAUAGAACUAAAGUGAUACGCUUGCGCCGGACGAUGUCUACCCCAUCUUCUCGUUGACUUCGGGUGAGGGAAAGCGGGGCGUGUGCAAGGACAGAUGGCAGGGCGUCUCUCCCGGGCCGUGUCGCAUGCACUGUCAGUUUCGCUCGGAUUCUCGUACACGAGUUUUAUCGCGCUCUUUUGCUCUCGUCACGAUCCUCAUUGAACGCAAGAAAACUCACAAAGAUCGCGCAUACGCUCCACACCUUUUUUUUUCCACUCGCGUGUAUAUAACACGAUCCUUGAAUCACGCGAAUUAAAUUUAUCCGUUUCGUUCUGUCGGUUAAAUAGUUCGAACAGAACACGAGAUUACCUUUCGAUGUCGUUCGUCGACCGUCGCUGUGACAGAAGGAUGAAAAUCGUUGAAAUUGUUCAAUUUGCAUAGUAAUAAAUACAUUUUAAAAGCAACAAGAUAACAUCUAUUUGGUGAAAUGAAUAUUUCUGGUGGGUUUUAAAGAAUACGAAGAAAUAAAUACAACAAAGAAAGGAAUUGUCGGUUGUUCAUCUAUACCAUUGGUCAAUUAAGCAGUUCACGGAUAAAGACAUGCUCUAGCGGGAAGACAGAGAGAGGCAGUAGUGUCGCGGUGGAGGAAGAGAAACGGACGAUAAUGGGGAAGAAGUAUCGGGGACAAUUUCUAUGCAUGUCAACGCGUAGAUUCCGAAUAGCAGAGACAUAAUGGCGACAACGAGUGAAAAAGCAAUGGAAAAUCGGAUGCUUAUCGAUUCACUCGAUACUUUUCUUUCGCGAUUUUGAUUUCUCCGCGCCUUUGUCCACGAGAUGCUGUAUCGAACGUUCAAUUCCGGAUUACUACGCCAUACCAAGGGAAAAUUAACGCGCCGCGAAUGGAAUUAUUCGGAAAUAAUUGAUAAAUGAAAGUCGGGAACAGCGAUCGUGGAGAACACGAAAAAUCCUUUGUCUUUUGUAUCCCUCCCUUCCUCCUAUCUCCUCAUCCUACCAGUUAAAACUAGAAACUGUUGUGGCUGUUUUCAAAAAACGCGACGGUUAUAUCGAGCGAUAUCGUGGAUCGACUAUGAGAGAGAGAAAUAAAAAAUGAAGGGUUUAUUUUUUACCCUGAGUCUAUUGUUUUCGGUGCAAGGACUCGCCCGGGCUACAUCUGAUCACGAAAUGCACGAGAAUUUGAAUCCACCAGAUCCAUUCGACCGUGGACCUUACUUCGAUGUCUCGGCAUCAAAGAACGUCACCGCAUUGGUUGGCAAAACGGCCACUCUAAACUGUCGAGUACGGAAUCUGGGCGAUCGUACGGUUUCGUGGGUAAGGCAUAGGGAUAUCCAUCUUUUGACCGUUGGUGUUGAAACGUACACGUCCGACCAACGAUUCGUGGCAUCACACUUCCCUAGAACCGAAGACUGGACGCUUCAAGUGAAAUAUCCUCAGCAUCGUGAUUCUGGCACAUAUGAAUGUCAAGUGUCAACAACACCACCAAUCGGUCAUUCUAUGCACCUUUCUGUUGUCGAGCCUAUAACGUCGAUCAUUGGGGAACCAGAAAUGUUCAUAGACAAAGACAGUACGAUGAAUCUCACUUGCGUGGUACGUCACAGUCCUGAACCACCAACUGCCAUUUAUUGGACCCAUGAUCACGAGUUUCUAGCGGGCUUUGAAUGUUAGAGAAGAGUGUGAGAAUAAAUCGGUCGAAUAUAGGCGGUUUUGAUACUCUCUGUGGUGUUCUCUGCGUUCGCACGUAGCGUGUGAGUAUGAAAAUUACGAAGCUCUUUUAUGCGUGACUUUGUAUUCCCUAGUUCAUUCCAUUCGACAAAAUUUUUUUUAUCUUUUUUUUUCUCAAUUAAACUGAAAAAAUGAUGAAGAAAUCGCUUUAAAUUCGAAUUCGAUAUCGAAUAAAAAUCUUAUUCGAUAAAUUAUAAGAUUUAAAUUAAUUUCUCAUUCAUUAUAUAAACAUUGUAGAAUUCAAUUAACACUACGAAAAGUAUUGUAUUGAAAAAUUACAAAAUUGUAACUGUAUUCGCUCAAAAUAAUUUUCAAAAAUAUUCUAUAUUGGAUUAUCGAUAAUUCAAACAUGAAUUUCACUUCAGAAUCAUCACAAAUCAUCCUUUUACUAUCUAUUCUGAAAUUUAUUCUGAAUCUAAAUCUGAAUCUAAAUCUAUUUCUGAACUCUCAAAAUAAAUAUUAUACAAAUUCGCGCAUCAUUGCUUCUUCAGAAAUUUUUUAAAUAAAAAUUAACGGAAAGAUAUUGCACAGCUAGAUUAUUUCGCACUCGACUCAUGCUACCCGCAUUUCAUUUCCUCCUCUGCUUUACAUUUUCUCACUUCUCAAACACUAUCCAUAUCUCCACAUCUCGAGCAGACACGAAUUUCCAAAAACGUUUUAUCCUGAUUUAAAGUAAAUAAUCUAAAUUCUUUGAUAACAC